UUUUAAAGAAAAAGGAUUAAAUUAUUUUAUGAGUAAUUCCAUUAUAAUGGAAUUAAAAUGUCCUAUUAGAAUGGCUUCAUGUUUUAAUAAAUAUUGAGACUAUUUAUUUACAUGAUAAAAAAAUGUGGAAUUGUGUUAUAGAAUGAUUAAGUAUAUGAUUUACUUUAUCAAAUGAGCUUGGGAUUUAAUUGAGAUAUUAAAUUACUAAGCAUGUGUUUAUAAAUGAUUUAUUUAUUUAAGUGAUGAAAAUGUGCGAAGUAUGAGAAAGCAUGAUUUAUAAUGAUUAAAUUUUCAAGGUGAUAAUAUAUGACUUGUUCUUAAUUGAUGGAGUACUUGACUAAAUGACGGGUAUAGAGGGAGGUUAUGGAUUAUGUACAUGUUGAUGUUCGAACAAAUGGGUUCGAACCUAUAUGAUAGUUACAUGAUAAUUGGUUACAUUUUAUUGAUUGAAUGAAACGAGAUUAAUAUGGAUGCUAGAACCCUAAAACUUUAAAAGAUACCCUAGGCACGUAGAAUUAGACUUUGUCUUAUGACAAUUUCUUCACGAACUUAUCGACUCUUCAUCAAUGAAGGUCCAGGCGACAGAAAGUGAAGCCGAAGAAGAAACGACUCCACGCCAGCUUUAAGAACGAUUGAGAAUGCCUCCCAGAAGAGCCCCGAGAAACAAUGUGGGAACCGCAAACGAACCUCCACGAAGGGUUGAGGAACUUUUUCUUAAACAGAGCCCGCCAACAUUCAACGGGACCGGCAACCCGACUGAUGCCGAAAUCUGGAUUAGAGCAAUGGAAAGGAUUUUCGACUUUCUUUACUGUUCUGACCAAGAGAGACUCUCUUGUGUUGCAUUCCAACUAACUGGGUCGGCAGAUUUUUGGUGGGAAACCAAGAAGAGGGCAAUGACCCUCGAACAAUUGGAAAACCUGACUUGGGAAGACUUCAAGACGGAGAUCCACGAUAAAUACAUUCCCAAGAGCUACAGAAAGAAGAAAGAGACGGAGUUUUUCAAUCUGAAACAAAACAAGAUGUCCGUGACGGAAUACGAUCGCGCUUUCUGCGACAUGUCUCGCUAUGCCCCUCAUCUGAUCGACACUGAUGAAAAGAUGGCCGAGAAGUUUCGUUCAGGCCUUAGGCAUGAGAUCAAGAUGGCGCUUGCUGGUCAUGGUAAUCUCACCCACUCUGAGGCACUUAGCAGAGCCCUGGAUGUUGAAGCAGCCAUGCCUGAAGACCGCCCAACCCAGACUCAAGCUUCGGGAAACAACGAUCGUGGGAAGAGAAAAUGGGAUGGCAACAACAACAAUAAUAGGGGUUACUACAACAACCAAGAUAACAAGAGGCCAUGGCAAGGAAACAUAAUGCCACAAGGGCAAUGGCAAGGACGACCAGUCAAUCCAGGAUCAGCUGGAAACAAUCAGGGCCAGCUCAGGGCACCUUUGUGUCCCAAAUGCUCCAAGUCACAUCACGGCAUAUGCUUGGCUGGCAGCAAUACCUGCUUUAAGUGUGGCCAGAAGGGCCAUUUUGCCAGAGACUGCCAAGGAAAACCACAAGGAGGAAUGAGAGGGCCGAAUCAGCCGGGCCAAGUACAACCACUCAGGGCUAUCCAAGGCCAACAGUUACUCUACCCACCACCACAGCAGCAGUAUCGACCUGCGGCACGUCCACCGCAAAUUCCACAGGCAAGAGCCUAUGCCUUGCACAAGAAUAAGCAAGGAAACAACCAAGGGAAUUUGGCAGGUAUGGGCACAUUACUUGACACACCUGUUAUACUUCUGUUCGACACGGGUGCCUCGCAUUCUUUUAUUGCAAGUGUAUGUGUAAAAACUUUAAAGCUCCAACCUGAAAAGACUAAUCAGGACUUGAGAAUUUCUUCACCAAUAGGAGGAAUAGCAGUAGUAACACAUGCUUGCUCGUACCUAGAACUGACCAUAGGAUCGUUUAAGGAAGGGACGCUUUGA